UUGGCAGGCGGACAAGCAAUUCAUCAAAGGAGGAAGUUUGCGAUAUGCAUGUUCACAGUGGACUCUUAAGUACACUGCAUAGACUCGAAGAGGACUGCAGAAUCGGAGAUGUGUCAUCGGCAUCGGAUAUCAUGCGCAGUGCGACGGCUAGCUUUCUUGCUUAUUAUACUCUUUAUAGGGCAUGUCCACUCAAGCAAGGCCUUUACUCCGUUCUAAAAACGGCUGGAAGAAAGCCCAUCUUGCGAGUUUUAAUUUUGGAUGCAUUAGGUUCCUCUUCAGGACCCUGUUCUCCGCUGUUGCACGUGGAUGAUCUACCAGUAGUCAAUGAUAAAUCCCCCACGAACUGUCGAUGAGUCCUUCUCCAACUUGAACCCUCCCUUCUACCGGUAUCCAAGGCGAUAUCCAAGAUGUCUUCCACUUUGACUGAAGAGCGCAUCGAGCUUUCAACAAUCCCAACUUUAGCACCUACCUCCGUCAUCAGGACGCCAUCAAGCGACGAACACCUUCCAGCUUCCCAACAUCCAGAUGAAGUCCCAGAAGAUGCAGCCUACUCUACGACCGCCAUUCCGGAUGGCGGAUACGGAUGGACCAUUGUAUUCUGCUGCGCCCUAACCAUAUUCUGGCUCACGGGCAUCAUCAAUUGCUGGGGCGUGCUGCAAGCCGCACUGCUCGACUCCACGCUCAAAACCAUACCCACAUCCACGCUAUCCUUCGUUGGAUCUCUGGGCCUUGCGGGAGGCGCCGCCUUCGGACUCUUCGCAACGCGGCUGAUACGAUGGAUCGGCUGCAGAGCGACUGCGUUACUCGGCAUCUUGCUCAUGGGCAUGAGUCUCAUCGGAGCUAGCUUCUGCACGCGCAAUGUGGGAGGCCUUUUCGGUACCGCGGGGGUGGUUGGAGGAGUCGGCAUGGCAAUGGUAUACACUGUCUCCAAUGCACUUCCGGUGCAGUAUUUCUCCGGCCAUCUUGGUUUAGCGAACGGGCUCGUCAAGCUGGGAGGCGGCAUCGGCGGCUGCGUGCUCGCCGUCGCGCUCGAAGCGUUAAAACGCCGUGUAGGAAUCUCCUGGACGUUUCGUAUCCAGGGCUUGAUGACCAUCGGGACAGGGCUCCCCGCUGCGUGGAUGCUGAAAGAGCGAGUCCCCAUGAAGAACAUACCAUUCGUGGACCUAUCCAUGUUUCGGUCGGUGCCCUUCACCGCCGUCUUUCUAGCUGGCGCGAUCGGAACUUUCGCUCUCUUCGUGCCGCCCUACUUCCUCCCUCUUUUUGCGCAGUCCAUCGGGCUCAGCUCCAGCACAGGCGCAGGCUUGGUCUCAGCGUUCAACGCCUGCAAUGCCGUGGGACGAUUUAUCGGGGGACCGCUGAGCGACAAAAUUGGUCCUGUCAACAUGUUUCUCAUCACAAUGAUACUGAACGCGGUCAGUAUGCUAGCUAUCUGGCCGGUUUCUAACACCCUGGGCCCGCUCAUCGUCUUCGCCACGAUUAAUGGUGUCGCGAACGGCUCGUUCUUCACCACGCUGCCGACAGUGGUGGCUGGCCUGUUUGGUCCUGGAAGAGCUGCCGUGGCCAUGAGCAUGGCUGUCACUGGAUUCACUGGCGGGUAUCUCAUGGGCGCUCCCAUCGCUGGUUAUCUGCUGCAAGCGGCUGGAGGAAGACAAGAGAACGGAGAAGGACAGAGCGUCGACGUGUACCGGCCUGCGAUCUUUUAUGCAGGGGCGGUUGCUACCGUCUCAGCUCUAUUCGUGCUGCUGGCGAGAGUCAAGAUGGAGAAGAAGGUAGUGAAGAAGGUGUGAGACGCCUCCGAGAGUAUCCCAAGGCAUACCAUGUGAAGAGAACAGAGUUAUUCCGCCUGGAGGGGUGCGGAACGACAAUAAAAUUGCUGAGCGCUGUUGAGGAAGGAGACAUUUCGACGACUCGGAGUACAGGUCAGCACUAUGGUUCGAGUGGAGCAGCGGGUAAAGGAAAGCAUGCCUAUGGAAACUUCAGGGAACAGAUUAAUGGGAUUUGAAGUAGGGUGUGAUUGUGAG